AGCUCAUCAAACUCUCUUGAAUCUUCUCUCUAAAGCGGCGGACUCAGUCAAACUCAAACAUCAUUGGCCGUCUCUCUCUCUCCCCUUAUCUUUAUCCUUUUGUUAAAGAUUACAUCAUUGGCCGUCUCUCUCUCUCCCCUUCUCUUUAUCCUUUUGUUAAAGAUUACGUCACUUUUUAUAAAACGAUACUUUCACUCUUUGUAAAAUAUUACCAUCUUUUAUCGAAGAUAUGUCCCCAACACUGAAAAAUGUGGGUCACGACGACGCCGCCGGAAGAAAGGUUAAGGAGGUGCAUUAUAGGGGAGUGAGGAAGAGACCUUGGGGGAGAUAUGCGGCUGAGAUCCGUGACCCGGGAAAGAAAACUCGGGUCUGGCUAGGAACCUUUGACACGGCCGAGCAAGCCGCUAGAGCCUACGACUCCGCCGCGAGAGAGUUCCGUGGUUCCAAGGCAACAACCAACUUCCCUUUCAGCGGCGGCGUCGAUGCAGGGAAUGCUUUGGGGACCCAUGUGACGGCGCGUGAGGGAGUUUGUGGAAAUAAUGUUUCGGGCGUGUUAGCUCCAACGGUUACUGGGUUUUUCUUAGAUCUGCCGCAUGCUACUGCGUCCAGAGAGGAGCUGGUUCGAGGUUUCCCAGUCCGGUUCGAGCCAAUGGAAAUGGGAUUGAGUAUCGGUCUCAGAACCACCGUGGAAGUCAAGAGGGAUGCAGCUGAUUAUAAGCUGCGAAGGGAUCUGAAUCUAGAACUUAGCUUAGCUCCAUCGAUGGACGUUUAGAUCUUUUUUUUUGUACUCGAGCUUAAUUUUUAAUUUAACAAUAUUAUCCUUUUUUCAGUUUGUCUUGAAGAAAUAUAUUUUGUCAUUUCUUAAUUGUGUCUGUACUUCUAUUGGUAGAUUCAUGUUUCUAAUGUACUUGGGUUUUAUUGUUGUCAA